AUGCAGUCGUCACCUGGGCGCCUUUCCGCCAGCAUACAUAUCCAAAACCGUGGGUCAGUCGAGAGGGUCAACGGAGCUCUUGCGGUUGGGUUCCCAAUGUCUGACCACGACUUGACUUUUCAGGUGUCACUGCCUCAAUCUGCUCCGAUUCAACCGUACAUUGGGCACCCCCUUCCGGAUAGCAUAGCGCCACAAGGAUAUCAAUCCACUGACCUCGACGCCGCCGGCCGCCCCGUUCAAACUUCCGGCCAUAUUGCCCCAACUCCCGGCCUCUCUUGCUCAUCAUUCAAUAGUGUUGGUUUGCGGGCCAUGAACAAGGAUUUACCAUACAAUGUGGUCCCGGGUAACCAUCCCUAUCAACCAUACCCACCGACCUCCCAAAUCCACAUGGCGUACUCCAGAUUUCCUGCAGCUUCCGGCCCGCCCCAUCGAUCUUCUCCCAAAUUAACUCAAGCUGGCUUCCGCGCUUCUUCUAUGGUAAUCUGCGCCUCUCAAGCAUCCUCCCCCAAAGAAUUUGAAGAUUUGCCUACAAAUGUCAAUCCACAACCCCCAUUGGGCCAAAUCAACCACCAUGGUGCACCAUCCCGUCCAGUUCUCCAGCCCUUGCCACACAUGUUUAAAUGCAAUCUAUCCUACGUUGUCUACUGCCCAAAGAAAAAUCAACAAAAAAAGUUAGUACAUCAAGCGAUCCGUUCCCCGAAGCAUCCGCAUACCGUCUCAAUCGCCUUUGACAUCCGUACGGUCGAUUGGCCUGGCUUCCAGAAGUUGAACGGCUACAUUCUUUGCAAGCCAAAGGCCAACUGGCCAAAGGGGGCCGCAAAUAGCAUCUCAGAUCCAGCGGCGUUUGGGGCCUGGAGCCGAGCCAUCACCAGUUUUGGCGCCAGCAAAGGCGGGGUUUUGAUCACCAUGGAGAACCCAGAGGAUAAGAGAAAGGAAGCGGAGAACAAUGAUUUGCUUGCGGAGACUGUCCGGCGUUGUGAGGCUUGGGCGGCCACAUUUGCAGCCGCAUCUCAGGCCACUGGAAACGUGUCAAUGUGGGCCAAAGCAAUUCACGAGCAACGACCAGGGGUUACUCUGCAAUCUCCGCCACCUUCAAUCAGGUACUACAACCGCAAGACGAAGCAAUCUGCCGCACAAGGGCCAGUUUCACCGGGCCCGCCGCCUCCCCCGCAAAUGACUACCUCCGAGAUAGUCGCAACCAUCGUCCAGGUAUGCAAUGCCAUGGGGAAACAACCAGUGUCGCCGGCAAGUGUGGAGCGUGGUGGUCCAACUGGGGCUUACAGGGCCCGGGUUUCCCUUUCACCGCUCAACCCGGCCGGCCCGUUUAUUGAUUACCUACACUUUGCUGGUGUGGCUGAUCUGGAGCAGACCUUGGAAAAAUUGGCCGCCCACAAGAUUGACAGCUACGAGAUGUUUGCGGAUGGCUACAUGCCCGUGGAAGAAUUGAAGGCUGUCGGCUUGGCCAACGGGACGCUGGCGAAGCUCCGGAAGAGCGUAGGCCGUUACGAGCGCAGCCUUGCGCGUGACAGACAGUAG